CCCAUAAAGCAAUCCCCAGACCAUUAAGGAACCACAUGAAACUGUCUCUAACGACGUUCCUCAUUAUCCUACAUGUUUAUCAACAUGGUAAACUCCACCCACGAAACAACUUUGCCUUUGGCCUUGCGUGUCCCAGCCAAGUUCCCAAAUUGAACAAACCAGAAAAUCAACUUUUUGCUAAGAAUAAUAAAUAACUCAUAACCGAGAAGGAGGCGCGGUGGGGGGAAGGGAAGGAAAGGUAUGCCAAAUUGAGCUACUUGUUGCCAUGAAGGAGGGAAAGUUGUUUUCCGAUUAGUCGAAAUCAGUGCCACUAACCUAGUGCAACUCGGAACGUCGUAUCCUUUUGUUUCAAAAAUUCUAGGCACUAGACCAUAGAAAUCAAAAUUCAAGUUAGAUCAACUCAAAUGAAUUCAAAUUUUAAGAAUGAGGAGUGGGAGAUGGACCGCAAUGGACUAAAAAAACUUUUGGCCAGAUCCCUCAAAGAUCCCAUUCUGGGCAAGCAUUUUUCUCUGCCCGGCCGCACAGGACAGAGUCAACCCAUCGAACUGGACACCAGCCAAAGCUACAUUGCUGUGUACACUCAUCUCAAGGUGCACGCCACCCGAAUGCCGGAGAGAUUGCCCACGCCCGAGGCUAUUGGACGCGUACAGGCGGAGAGCGUAGAGGUUAAAUAUAGGACUCGAACUUCAAAGACCCGUGGUGACCCCUGUUCAACUAUAACUUGAGUUAUUAACUGUGAGGUCGAUUUAAAACAUUGUACCGCUCUCUAUCGAAAACUAAAAAUCUCUAGAGCCGAUUUGCAAAUGUCAUGUUACGGAUUUAGUUUUUUAUCUGUCACAUACAGUUAUAAAUAGAGGACUGCAUGGGUACACAAAAUGGGUCAAAGUUAUAUGGGUACCUUUUAUGAGCUCUAGAAAAUAAAAACAAACCGCUAAAUACUUUUUAAAAUAGAUGCAAAAUGUAUGCUUAAAACAACUAACCGAUUUUUGAUUCGCAAUUCUCAGUAUUAGCAGUUAUUUGACGUUAAAGUCAAAAUUUAAAUUUUUUGGCGUAUUCAAUAUAUAUUAAAAAACUUUAGUUAGUUAAUUAUCUUGUCGCUAAACGAAGUAUUUUUCAAAAUGUUGUUUUCAGCUAAAUGGCGAAGGUUUUAAUGUUAAUAUAUUUGUUUUCUUUGUUGUUCAAUUAAGAUUAAACAAUGGAAAAUGCCUCGACUAUCAGUUACCCGUUACGCAGUUAAGGGGAGUAUAAAUUAAACACAAUUUUAAACUAAUAUAAUAUUUAAUCAAAUAUAAGACAUAUUUAAGUGUUAAUUUGAUAAUUAACUCCUAAAUAUAACUUCAGAUCAAAGCAAAUCAUAUAGUUUCACAAGUUCUUGCUGAUAAACGAUCAAGUAAAUGGGUUGUGCUUGAUAAAACCCUAAGUGUCAAGGCUUCAAUGUGGUCAUUUUCAUGUCGGUGUCGUAUUUUGUAUCCAUAGAUCUUGAUAAUAUAGUGUUAAAAUAAAGUAAUAAAGUCAGA